AUGUACACAUUUCCAAUUGAGGAAAUUGGAGCAUUAUUUUUAAAACAUUCAAUCUCUUUCUUUCUUCCUUUCCUCGUGAUCAUAUAUGUUCUCAAAUGGCGCAAUUCUACUUCAAACACGUUGCAGAACCUUCCACCUUCCCCACCAAAGCUUCCCAUAAUCGGAAACCUUCAUCAGCUCGGUUCAAUCCCUCAACGUUCUCUGAAAUCAUUAGCCCAAAAAUACGGUUCGCCAAUGCUGCUUCAUCUUGGCCGCAAGCCAGUGUUAAUUAUCUCCUCCCCUGAUGCAGCUGAAGAAGUCAUGAAAACUCAUGAUUUAAUCUUUGCCACUAGGCCUAAACCAGUCUUUGCCGGGAGGUUACUCUACAAUUUCAAGGACAUAACGUUUUCCCCCUAUGGCGAAUAUUGGAGGCAGGUAAGAAGUAUUUGUGUACUUCAGCUUUUGAGUAACAAGAGGGUUCAGUCAUUUCGAAACAUAAGAGAGGAAGAGAUGGAAAUAAUGUUGGAAAAAGUUCGAGAAUCUUGUGCUUCUUCUUCAGUCAUACGCAUUGAUGAAAUUUUGGCAACACUUACUAACAACAUUGUUUCAAGGGUUGCCAUUGGAAAAAGGUACUCAGGAGAGGAAAGUGGGAGCAAGUUUAAGGAAAUAUUUGAGGAUUUUACUAUGCUAUUGGGUGCUUUUAACGUUGGAGAUUACAUCCCAUGGCUUGCAUGGAUUAAUAAUGUUAAUGGCUUGGAAGCAAAGAUGAAAAAAGUGGUCAAUGAUUUUGAUGAAUAUUUGGAAAAGAUUGUUGAAGAGGGAAUGAAGAGGCAGGAGGAAAAGAAAAGCGGUAGUGAUGGUAAUGAUAAGAAACAGCAGCAGAAUUUUGUGGAUGUUCUGCUUGAAAUCCAGAAAACAAGUGCUACUGGUUUUGCUUUUGGGCGAGAUUCCCUUAAAGCUAUCAUCCUGGACAUGUUUGUUGGAGGAACUGAUACUACGUCUGCAUUGCUACAGUGGGCAAUUUCUGAGCUGCUGAGAAACACAAAUGCAAUGCACAAACUGCAAAAAGCAGUGAGACAAUUGCCAAGAUGCAAACCAGGCAUCACAGAGGAUGAUUUAGAGAAUCUCCAGUACUUAAAAGCAGUAAUCAAAGAGACUCUUCGAUUGCAUCCACCAGUUCCAUUACUUGCUCCUCGUGAAUCGAGGAAGGCGUCCAAGAUAAUGGGAUAUGAUAUUGCUGCCGGUACUCAAGUGAUCAUCAAUGCUUGGGCAAUGGGAAGGGACCCAAAAUUGUGGGAAGAUGCCGAGAGUUUUUGGCCGGAGAGGUUCUUGAAUAGUUCUGUGGACAUUAAAGGGCAACAUUUUCAGUUCAUCCCAUUUGGUGCUGGAAGGAGGAGCUGCCCUGGCGCUGCAUUUGCCAUGGUUACAGCUGAACUUGCACUUGCAAAUUUGGUGUGCCGCUUUGAUUUUGAAUUGGCAGGCGGAGCAAGGCCAGAGGAUUUGGAUAUGACUGAAGCUCCUGGUAUUGUUACACCAAGGAAAAUUCGUCUUCUACUACUUGCAAGUCUUCCUAAUUAGGCAGUUGCAAGAUAUUAUACUAUCAGCAAUUAGGUAAUCACUUUUGGUAUUGGCGUGGAGUUCAAUUAAGAAAACUUUAUGAAGGUUUAAUGAUUUAUUAUU